AUGCCGGAUAAAGGAGAUAAUAGUUUAUUAAGCUUGCAUCUUAAAUACAACCAUAUGGCAUUAGACUCAUUAAAACAUACUCCAGAAUAUAAGACAUGUAGGGUAACUGAACAAUGCUUAACUGGAAUUAGACAUUGUCCAAUUUGUAGGACAUCCAAUGCUACUCAAAGACCUCAUAAUAAUAUGACAUCCCGUGAAGCUACUAGAAUCUUAGAGAAAAUUCAUUGUGAUACAUUAGGGCCAUUUAAGGGUUUAAGUUUUUUCAGAUCGAGAGACAAGAAAUUAAGUCUUAUUCCUCAAAAAUACUAUAUUACAAAUAUUAUUGAUGAAUUUAGUAAAUACGUGGUUUCAAUUAUUUCAACAACAAAAAGUAUUGGUAAAGUCUUAUUUGAAGAAUUGGAUAUGUUGAAUAAUAAGUUUAGUGGAGUUAGAAUUGCUAAUUUUAGAGCUGAUAAUGCACCAGAAUUAUCUGAUAUUCAAAGUUUUAGAGAUAGAGGAAUAAAUAGAGAACAAGUUCCCUCUUAUUCUGCAGAAUUAUAUGGAAUUGCUGAAAGAAUAGAACUUUGCUUGACGAAAUUAGAAGAUGUAUUUUAG